AUGGCGUCCUUUAGCGCUAGCCACACUCAUUUUAUUUUUUAUUUAUGGGCUAUAAAUAGGCUUGCUAAACCCAAGACCAGCCAAAUUUAUUUGGUGAUAAUAAUAAUAAAUGUAAAGGAACCAUUUCCGUUGCAGUUUGUUUGAGGAAGAAGUGGAGUGGAGUGAAAAGAGGUGAGCGUGGAGCGAAAGAAGAGAGAGAAGCGAGAAGAAAGAGAAGAGAAAGAAGAGAGAGAGAUGAGGAAGGGAGAGACGAUGCGGAUACCGAAACCCAAGAAUAGGACGAGGUCGAUUUUAAUCCCCAUACCGAGCAAAGGUAAUUAUAGUCUCUCUCGCUGUCUCUCUUUCUCUCUCUUCCUUCACUUUCCCCCCUUUCCCUCUGUCCUCUGUCUCCACCACGUCUCACCCAAAAACCAGAGAGAUCGACGCAUAUUCAGGACAAAAGAAAUCAAAGUUGUCCGCCAGGUACGACCCCCAAUUGCCCUCUUUAUAUACACUCCACUCUCACUCCCCCCCCUUUCUUCGCUCCACUUUGCCUCUUUCCUUUCCUUUCCUCCACCCUCUCCGCACCCCACCCUCGCAACCGUUUUGCUCACUCUUUCAGCCUUCAUCCAGGAUAGUAUCGGAUUUCGGUCACAGUUGUAUGUCUCCCUCCUGCCGAGUGUGCAGAAACAGCGUUCUCAUUCCACCCUCCGCCGAUAUUCUGACCCACACGCCCAGGCUGGCAACCCUCUUGUAUCCAUCCACUCGCUCCCUCUCUUACUCAGUCGGUCCUUUCUUGUAAGCUCGCUCAUCUCUUAAAUACAGCCGAUUCCAACGGCAGCCAGCAUCAUCACAUCGGUCUCAGCAGUCUGCAACCAGCCCAGACUAGCGACCUGUAUUCAGCUUACUCCACACAGCAACGCCUUUUUUUUUUGCACCUUUUGCUGUUUCUCACUCCUUUCUCUCAGCUCCUCAUCAAGCAUCAAGUCCAUCUUGUCACGCCAACAGCAUUCCGGCGUUCCAUUCUUAAAUCCUAUACCCCU